GCGGGGCGGGCGAGGGGCCGCGGGGCUGCGGGGCGGCGGGCGCGGGAUGGCGGCCCCGGGGCUGGAGCGGCACCGGCUGGCGCUGCUGGCGGCCAAGGAGGACGUGGGCAACCCCCGGGCCGGGACCAACUGGGCCGUCUUUGCCUAUGAGAAGCACCAUGAUCUCAAGCUGCUGGACUCCGGAGCCGGGGGUCCAGAUGAGCUGGCUGGGAAAUUCUCCACCACCAGCAUCAUGUACGGGCUGUGCCGCAUCCAAGACCCCGGCACCGGCGCUCACCGCAUCGUCCUCAUAAACUGGGUCGGGGAGAAGGCACCGGAGUCCCAACGAGAGGCGUGUGCCGGCCAUCUGCCCGCCAUCAGAGCCUUCUUUAGGGAGGCCAGCGUGGUGCUGAGCGCCCGCCGUGCCGAGGAGGUGACGCAGGAGGGGCUGAGCCGGGCGCUGGCACAGUUGGCCCCCGCCACCGCCCCCACCCUCGCCAGGAGGAUGCCCCCGCCGGACGCCCAGGAGCUGGUGGGCACCAACUACCGCAAGACCAACCCGGCGCUGGAGAUCCGCCGGACCAAGCGGGACUCCUUCUGGGCCCAGGCCGAGCGCGAGGAGGAGCAGCGCAAGGAGGAGGAGCGGCGGCGGGCGCUGGAGGAACGCAAGCGCUGGGAGCGGGAGCGGAUGGAGGAGGAGAGGCGGGAGGCGGCCGAGCGCGAGCUCCGUUUCAGGGAGAAGGAGCGGAUGAUCGAGGAGCAGCGGAAGGAGCAGGCACGGCUGGAGGCGGAGGAGCGCAGGAAGGAGAAGGCGCGAUGGGAGCAGCAGCAGCGAGAGCACGAGGAGGCCAUGCGGGACCGCGGCCGGCGCAGCGAGUCCAUCGAGAAGGCGGCCGAGGCGGCCGUCCUGGUGUCCCAGCGCUCGCAGAACCCGCGGGAUUUCUUCCGGCAGCGGGAGCGCUCGGGGUCCACCUCCGGCACCCCGCUGCCCGCCUCCCCCCUCGGCACCAGGCCCGGUGCCCGGCGGCCGUUCCUGCGGUACCAGCGCAGCCUGACCGAGUCGGCCUUCAUCUUCCGCCGGCCGGACCCCCCGCCCUCGCCCGGACCCCUCCACCCUGGGCCAUUCAGGGCUGCGCCCCCCCCCAGCCCCCACCGACCCCAGCCUCCCCUCCCCACCAGCCCCACGGGGACGGGGACCCCUCCCUCUGCCCCCACCGGGACCCCCACCAGCCCCGCGGGGACAGGGACCCCCCCAGCUACCAGCCCCACAGGGACAAGGGGCUGUGCCAGCGUGGGGAGCCCCCCCAGCCCUGUGGGUACAGGGGCCCCCCCUCUGGCCAGCCCCAUUGGGACAGCCCCCCCCCCUCCCUGUGCUGCCUGGGGGCCCCCCAGCCUGGCAGGGGCAGGGGUAGGGUCCCCUCGGGUAGGGUCGUCCCCCCACCCCGUGCCAGAGCCCCUGCUCCCCCCCAGUACCCCCAGGACGGGGUGCCCCCCUGGCCCCCCCGGGUCGGGGUCCCCUGACAGCACUUGUGGGGCAGAGCCCCUGCCCCCCUGCAGCACUCCCGGGCUGGGGGCCCCCAGCAGCCCCCCCCGGCAGCUCCCCCCGGGCACCGAGGAGGCCGUGACUCUGCCUCCCCCCAGCCCCCCCCCGGCUGAGGACGGGCCCCCCCCGGACACCUUCCCCCUCCCCAGCCCCCCAGCACUGGGGUCUCCAGGACCGCUGGUGGGGCUGGGUGAGGGGGUCCCAAGCCCACCGGGGGGGUCCCCCCGAUCUGGGGUGACACCUGCCCCAGUGCCCCGGGCCGGGACCCCCCUGCGCAGCCCCAGCCCCCCCAGCCUGCCGCAGGAUCCGGCCCUUCCCUGCCCGGCAGCCCGGGAACCGCAGCCAGGGUCCAUGGGGCAGGAGCCGGCCCGGGGCAACUCGGGCCACAACGGCAUCGGGGGCCCUGAGCAGGGGGGCUGGCCGGACCCCUGGGAGCAGGACCCCCCCCCGGGGCAGGGGGACGAGCCCGGCGACGCCAUCCUCCUGCCACAGCCCCUGCACAAAGCCGGGCCAGGCUUUGCCCUGCUGCUGGCCCGCGACGCCCCCCACCCGCAGCUGCCGGGGGGCACCAGCCCCCCCGCCGAGGACGAGGACCUGUCCCCCCACGCCGUGUAGCCCCUCGGGGGGCACCCGCAUGGCACCCUGCCCCACACACCGCAGACCCUUCCCACGGCCCCCCCCCCCCAGCACAGCCCCCCCACGCUCACCCCCAGCCCCGGGGCCGUGGCUGCAGCCCCCCACAGCCCCCCAUUUGCACCCCAAUAAGCAGCUUUAGGAGCCCCUCCCCCCCUGGCUCCCAUCCCAUCCAUGGCACAGGGCUGGGGGGGGGGGGCACGGACCCCCACCACAGAGAGGCCGGGCCAGGGGACCCCCCCACUCUCCCCAGC